CUCCACCGGGCCGCGAGGAAGUCGCAAGAUGGCCGCUGUCUCCUGGAAGUAACGUUCCCCUCCGCAACAUGAAGCCGUGAGCGUGGAAGAAAGCGAGGGAGGCACCGACGGGCUUUUAUUUUUGUUUUCUUUUAGUUCUUUUUCUUUUCUUUCGUCACAAAUCAUCUCAUUCCGCGUCGUGUCCGCCUCGGACUCGUGUUCGGCAGCUGACGCGUCAAAUCACGCCGGGGACCCUGCCAGCAGCUAGCGGCUAGCAGCUAGCCGUUAGCAGCUCGUCUCUCAGAUCGGUCGGAGCUGCUUCUGGUGAACGAUGGCAGCAGGAAACGUGUUGAACUCUCCCCGCCUGUAGCUGCCCUGGCCCCGCUGACAUGUCACCAGACCCCCGCAGGGGUGGACAGUAACCCGAGCAGCUACGACUAAACUCAGCGUAGAUUCUCAUAUCUGUGUUCUGGAGGAAUUAGGUGCACGGUGACUCGUCUCACUCGAAGUUAACCAAAGUAGUUAGUCACUACACCGGAGAGCAGUUAGCUUGCUAGCUGCUGUCUCGCCCCACGUCACAGCACAAACACGGCGUACAGAACGUACUCCGAGCCCGCUCCCGGCCACACGCACCGGCUCAACAACACCGUCAUGGGAGUGCAGGGUUUUCAAGAGUAUUUAGAGAAGCGGUGUCCCGGGGCUGCGGUCCCGGUGGACCUCCUGAAGCUCGCCCGUACCGCGGCCCGCCAGCCCCCUCACCACCAUCACCCACACCACCACCCACAUCACCCCGGGCCCAUGCCUCCCCCGCCCCCGCCUGCCAGGAUCCUGAUCGACGCGGACUCCGGCCUGCAGCGCCUCUACGGCGGCUACCAGACGGACUGGGUGUGCGGGGGCGAGUGGAACGCCAUGCUGGGCUACCUGGCUGCCCUGUCACAGGCCUGCCUGUACCAGGGUGGCCUGGAGCUCGUCGUGGUUUUCAACGGCACACUGGGGAAGGAGCGCUGGCCCGAGUGGGCGCGGCGAGCUCAGGGCCAGAGACAGACGGCGCAGCUGAUCGUCAACCACGUCGGCAGCAAGGCCACCCCGCCUCCCCGGGCAUGGUUCCUGCCCCCGGCCUGCCUCAGCCACUGUGUCCGCCUCGCCAUGUUCCGCUUCCGAGUGCGGGUUGUACAGACUUUGGAGGACCACCACCAGGAGGUGCUGUCUCUCUACAGAGACUAUGCAUUUGCUGGUCUGAUUGCUCAGGAUUCCGAGUUUGCUCUCUGCAACGUUCCUGCCUACUUCUCCUCGCACGCACUCAAACUGAGCUGGAACGGCAAAAACCUGACCACACACCAGUACCUGCUGUCUGAGGCUGCCAGGCAGCUGGGACUGAAGACGCAGCACCUGCCCUGCUUUGCUGCUCUGCUGGGAAAUCAUAUUCUGCCCGAUGAGGACCUGGCUGCCUUCCACUGGAGUCUGCUGGGACCAGAACACCCACUAGCUUCUCUCAAGGUGCGAGCUCAUCAGUUGGUGCUGCCGCCCUGUGAGGUGGUGAUCAAGGCGGUCUCAGAGUACGUUUCCUCCAUCAAGGACCUGGGAAACCUCGACGCCAUCGCCAGAGAUGUCUUCAAACAGUCACAGUCUCGUAUGGAGGACAAGGUGGAGCGAUUUAAGAAAGCUGUGGAGUAUUUCUCAGCUGCCUCAAAACCACGUUCACCCAGUAUGGGGCCCUCUGCUUUCAUCUUACCUGGGUUUGGACCCACUCCGUUUGGGGGACCACCUGGCCACAUGGGACCGAUGCCGCCUGGAAAGAAUCAGUUCCCUCCUCCCCAGGUUCCAGGAUUCAAACCACCCUAUCAAAAUGCUCCAUAUGGACCUGGCCCCACCCCCCUGUUCCAGAACCCGCCCCCACCGUCUCAAGACUGCAACAACUCGUUGACGGGCAAGAUGGGAUUCUCUGACUGGUCAGCUCCCUAUGAUUCCACUCAGGUGGGAAGUCGAUUACCCAAUCAUCACACGGGCAAUCAAUCUGGGCCGUCUCCGUCGCCUUCCUCAUCAUCAGAUGGAGAUGAGCCCAAUGACAGCAACGCAAACCAUUUAACAGACAAACCCUCACGGUGGGAUGAUCCUGCGGGAAGGGGGGGCUCGGCCUCUAAGGAUGGUUCUCAAGGCAAUGGGAGCGGAUCAAACAUUCCCUCACUUCUGUCUAUGGCGACACGGAGUCACAUGGACAUAACCACACCCCCUCUGCCUCAGGUCAGUGCUGAGGUUCUUCGUGUCGCGGAACACAGACACAGAAGAGGACUGAUGUACCCACAGAUUUACCACAUAUUGACCAAGGGAGAGAUGAAGAUGCCAGUGUGUAUAGAAGAUGAGUGUAACUCUGAGCUGCCUCCUGCCUCGCUGCUAUUCCGUGCUGCCAGACAGUAUGCCUACGGCGUCCUCUUCAGUUUGGCCGAAACACACCGCCGCCUGGAGAGGCUUGCAAUCCGAAAGAGGGCUCCCCUGGAAGUUCCUCCUGUGAUUGUCAAAGAGUGGAGUAGUGGUAAGGCUAAGUCUGCCCUGACUCCAGAGCUGGUUCCGGCCCUUUGUUUCCGGGAGUGGACCUGCCCCAACCUGCGCCGUCUGUGGCUGGGUCGGGCCAGUGAGGACCGCUCCAGGAGAACUAGGGCCUUCCUGGCCUGCCUUCGCUCCGACUGCCCAGCGUUACUCAACCCAGCACAGGUUCCACAGCAUCUGCUGCUCAUGUGCUGCGUGCUCAGGUAUUUAAUGCAGUGGCCUGGAGGAAGGAUCCUGCAGAGACAUGAGCUUGAUGCCUUCCUGGCCCAGGCCGUUUCUAGCCAGCUCUAUGAACCCGACCAGCUCCAGGAACUGAAGGUGGAGAAGGUGGAUGCCCGUGGUGUACAGCUGGCUGCUCUCUUUAUGGCCGGCGUCGACACAGCGCUUUUCAUCAAUGACGUGUGUGGUCAACCGCUGCCGUGGGAACACUGUUGUCCCUGGGGCUUCUUUGAUGGAAAACUGUUUCAGAGCAAACUGGCCCGGGCCUCCCGCGACCGGGCCGCCCUGCUGGACAUGUGCGAGGGGCAGGAGGAGCUGGUGUCCAAGGUGGAGAAGAUGCGUCAGGCGAUCCUUGAGGGCAUCAACCUGUCCCGUCCCCCUCCUCCGCCCCCUCCUCUCCCACCCCCUGCCUUCCUUCCCCCUGCUAUGGUACCCCCGUUCUACCCCAUGCCUCCUCUCUACCCGCCUCGCCACAUGGGUGGAAUGCCCCCACAUCAUCACCCACAUCACCCUGCCCAGCACAGACCGAGAGCCUUCCCAGGUAUUCAGUCCAUCCCCCCUCAGGGUGGAAAACUGGAGAUAGCUGGGAUGGUGGUGGGACAGUGGGCCGGGAACAAACCAGUACGUGGGAGAGGAGGCUUCAACAUGCAGGUGGUUUCAGUCGGAGCAGGGAAAGGGAGAGGUAAAGAGAUCCCAGCUAAACUAAGGGGAGGGAAAAAGGCACCUGCCAACAGAACACAGAUGUCAUCGUCCCCCCCAGCCAGCAGCCCCCCAAAGCCCUCAGAGGAGGCAGGCUCCACGUCAGAGGUCGCAAUACAGCAGCUGAACGGCAGCUCAGCGGCCUCCGCCAUUGGCCAAUCCUUGGAGCUGGCCCCCCUGGCCCAGCCAAUCCCUUGUGCCUUAGCCAGCAGAGACAACCAAUCAGAGGGGUUGGAAGUGGAGGCCCCCUGUUGCCUUGACGACUGCCCGUCAGACGGAGCACUACAGAAGGAGGAGUGAUGUCAUCCUCCUUGGGAUGUGCAGCUCUGAGAGAGUUAUCUGUGUUUGACUGCCUUUCCCUGUUUUUGUAGCCCCGCCUCCUAACUGCACAUGAUCACAUGAAGCAGGAGGUGAAACGAGUCUCCUCCUCCUCCUCCCUGCUGCUGCAUGUGAUUGGCUGAAGCAGUUAGCCGUUACUCCCUUUUUAGUUUUCUCAUGUGGUUUUACAAUGUUUCUGAAGAGGUUUUCUCUGAGCCUGUAAGCGCCCGCCCCCCCCCCCCCCCCCCUCAGAAAAUCCUAAACGCCUCCUUCUCGCACUCAGAGUAAAAUAAGCUUGAAGCCCCGCCCCUAAUACGACCUGCCAUCUUAAACAAGCCCCCCCCUCUUAAGUAUGGAUAUCAGUACAGUUUUAAGUUUCUUAUUUUAGCUUUUUUCAAUGGUACCAUUGUGUGAAUCACUGCACACAGAUGUGAAGUUUGUGGUUACUGUGACAGGUUGGAUGUGGUUUCUGUGGUGGCAGGUUCUUGGCCUGGUCACCAUGGUUGGUAUUUGUGCGUUGAUUCGGUUUGUUGCCGUAACCGUCUCGUGGGAGGUUUCAGAGUGAUGUUCCGUUCUGCUGUGCAGUGACCCUUGUUCCCCCGCUACUCUGCAGGCUAGCCUCAUUGCUACCCACAGUGUUAGCAUACAAGCUAACAGCAAAGCCCAUUUUAUAGUUUGAUUGGUUAUCUAUCACUGGAGCACUUCUGCACCACCAUGGUAUUAACGUGCUAUUUUACUUUGACCUAUGUAGCAUAGCCUAGUUCUUAGCUGUGCUAAGAGACCCUGGAGUUUAUGCACCUUAAGCCCUUAAGUAUGCAAGAUUAUACCCUGCUCCAAAAAAAGUGCAUUAUUAAAUUAUCUUCCCAUACCCUUGUCCCUUUAUCCCAAAGCUUUGAUUGUAUUAUCCCAACAGAAGCACUUAAUGUUGUAUUUAAAUAUAAUGAAAUUGAACCAGCCCCUGUACAGUUGAAUUGACAGUCUGUGAGGGGUUCCCCUGCGCCUAAGUAAAUCAUUAUGACAUAUAGUACUACGCUUACAGGUAGAGAUCUAUGUGAGAGAUGUCAGAAUGUGAAGAGUGGUUUCAGACAAAGAGGCACUUUGUUUUAAAACGGUUAAACCACACUGGACAGUCCUCUACUAGGAGAUCAAAAAAUGAAACGAUUAUGAGGCACCUUCUGGAGUUAAGGCCAAAAAGAAAAGAAUAAUGCUGCACAGCAAAAGAUGGAGCUGAAUAAUGAGGGCUUGGCCCAUUGCCACCAGUUCCCUUCAGACUGGUCUUACACAUUCAAUCAAGAACUUUGCAACGAGGCUGAAAAGGCCCCCGAUUGCCAUGAAGGGGAUUCCCAGGAAAUCAUUUCACAUUUCUACAAAGUUAUUUCCAAAGUGUAUUUUAAAGGCUCGCCACUGAUAUAUAUAUAUAUAUAUAUAAAUGGGGUGUGGCAUCAAAAGCCUCAAAGAUCCCUCCACCCUUGGCUGGUGAUUAAUUGAGCAACUGGUGUCACGUCAACCCAACACCACGAGCCCCGCAGAGCUCUGCUGCGUCACUUUAUACCGGCAGGAAGCACUUCUCUGCCCUGAAGCGCCCCGGCUUCACGGUUUGAUCACAUGACAGGGGAGAGGAAGGCGGCAUGGCCGGCCUGACUAUGCCGCUCACAAUCUGAGACUUGCAACAUACUGAACUGUUUUAUCAGAGCACUUAUGUUUGUUGUGAAUGAGAUGUGUCCCCACAUUAGAUUUCAACUGAUAAUGAAAAACAAGUUAUGUACUUCUUACCGAUGAUUGGUAGCACAACUGCUAAUGUAAAAGCAGUAGACAGACAAAUCUUGCCUGAGAGAUGCCGGCCAUGAACAUGCGAUCUCUUUAAACAUACUAAGAUGUUAAAAUGAGCUCAUUAGAAGAAGACAAGUCACCAAGAAGCACCUUAUUUCCUUACUAUGUUGAUGACUUGUUGCUCUAUCAUGUGCCACAGAAUUGACCUGGAAAAGGCUCUUAGGAAGGAAAAGACAAACUGACGAGAUCUGUGUAGCUGUGUCAGACAUCCCCUCUGUAACAUAUUACAGUGAAACGCUGACUGUUGACCCAGCCAUGAGUGUAGGCCUACGCUCAUCACCACAGGACUGAUCUGCAGCCGUCUCUUACACCAACACCAAAUCAGAAGUUCAGACAAGUUAGCCAUUACUGGGAGAAUUGUGAGCAGACGAGUGCUGUAGGUGUUUAUAGGUUAAGAGUAGGUCACAGCGUCUGUCUUAAAGCAGGACUGUAAAACACAAACACCACAAAUAGGCUAGCGAAUAUAGCUCAACUGGCCGAAAUAUUAUGUCUGGAUUCACUAGGAGUCAUCUACUUAACUGCUUUCAACUUUUGACAUUAGUACAAAUAUGUGUAUCGCAACAGUACAUUGUUAGAAGAGGCUUUUUUCCGUGGCGAGCCAGAGUGUGGUCCCGUAUACGAAGCCCUCUCACGAUUCACUCGCCAGAUAACAGGACACAAACACAGGUAUUCAGUUGCAUUGGUUACCUGAAGCUUUGUCUCUGAUUUUGUGCUGAUGUGAUUUUGUGCAGUUUAUCAGAGAUCAUCUGGUAACACAUUCAACUGACUCAACAUCCCACACACACAACAGAUAAACCACAAAGUAACAGUGUCGUCACUUGGACACAGAAAUGAUCAGCUACAUAAACACACACACAAUCGUUAAACCCGAGUGACCUAGUAGCUAGUUUGGAGAAAAAAAAGUCAACACAACACAUAAUGUAGUUUCUCUCUGUUGUCCUCGUCUGUUUUAGUUCGAUAGAUAAUUGAUUUUUGUUUAUCACCCCCCCCGCCUUCCACUUCCCCUCCCUCCUUUCCACUUCCUCCAAAACUGUUAAUUAACUUGUUAUCUUGGCUUAUCUCAAACACACACACACACACACAUCAUAUCCAUUGAUUGUCAUUAAACGCAGACGCACACAAACGCAGAUAUCUUACACAGGUUAGCCCCUCCCUCUAAGUUUCCCUCUUUCUUUCACCUGUACUAGGGCUGCUCUGUUAAUCGAAAUUUAAUCGUCAUUACGAUUAUGGGGUCAAACGAUCUCCAAACUAUAAUCGAGUCGAAACGAUUAUUUGAUUUUUUUUUUUUUUUCGAAAGAGAUUCAGUCCUUCCCCCAAAGCAUCCAGCGGCCCAGCUGACUGGCUCUCACUCUCAAGCAGCCGUGAAGGAGGCGAGUUGUGUGUGUGGUGACCGGCCGUGAUUACAAAACAGCGCGAGUGGAACAUGGCUGAGGGAGCCCCCCCCCCCCCCCCCCCCUCUCACACACACACACACACACACACACACACAAAGGGGUAGAAAAGUUCUCUUGUAUGGGAACACUUCGGACUCGAGGAUCCGACGAGCCGCCGGCUGGUCACACCGGACCGCGAUUCUCCGCUUGUUGUUGUUUGUGACCCGUUCAAUGUCGGGGUUCGGGGGUAAAUGAAGAUGGUCCUCAGCCCCCACCCCUCUCGUUCUCUCUCUGUCUGUGUGCUUGUAGUGGGGGGGCAGAUGGGGACGUUCACAUUUACCUGGAAGUGACUGUUACUUCCUGUUCAGUCAUUUAAAGAAUAAAGCAUAGACUUCAGAAUAAGGGCACAUAUUAAUAAUCGUUUGAAUAAUCGUGAUUUCGAUAUUGAUCAAAAAUAAUCGUGAUUAUGAUUUUUUUCCAUAAUCGAGCAGCCCUUACCUGUACCCUCCUUCACUCUCAUCCCCCUCCCUCUCUCUCCUUUAGCACCAUCCCCAUUGGCCGUUUUUAUUUAGUCUCUUUUCUCUUUGGGCUGCCCCGCCUCGUAAUCAACCCGACUAACAGUAAGGUUAUAUUAACGUUGAUAAUCAGUUUCUGUGUGUAUCUAGCCAGAGUCUGGGAAAAAAAUCAGAAAAAAAUCAAAACUGUUUUAUUCAAUUGUGCAAAUGUGUUUUCUUACUAUUUUUAAUGUUAUUACAUCUUCUAAUCCUUCUACCAUUGCUUCAGUUAGUACUGAAAUAUGCUUAGCCAACCUAGAGAUUUGAACUGUAACGAUUGCGAUUUUCCUUACCUGUAUUUUAUAUGGCAUCUUUAGACCACUUCACCAUUUAUUCUGUACGUAAGUAAAUAUUGCCCGUUCUUUCAUUGUCUGCACUGUUUGAUUCUCAAGAUAUCCCCGAUUCCGUGGUCGACUCAGUCCAAGCUGAACUCUGCGCCCUUGCACAAAGCAGUGAAACAUCUCUUGUUAACACCUGAGAACCAAACCAAAGUGCACCCCCCCCCAUAGUACCCCACCCUCACACUGACAGCCCUUCCCAGUUACAAGUUUUCUGAUCAGUAUGAGUAUAUAUAUAUGAAAUGACAUUACAGCACGUGUGAUCUUACAAGUGUGUGACAGUGUGUUUACACUGGUGGCUGUGGAGACAGACAGGAAGAAGGACCUGAGUGUGUUUGUGGAUGAUGAGCGACCGAGUGCAGGUUCAGUCACUGAGUUUGUUGUUGGUAGUUUCAUUGACUGAACUUAUCUGGUGUGAAGCGCUGCACAUGCUCAGAUCUGCACUAACACAGGACCAACCAACAUGCUUCAGUCAUGUUGGGUUUAACGCCCUCGUGUUUCUUUACAUGUUGAAAGUUGUGCCCUCUCAAACUUGUCUUUGAUUGAUGGAGCACAGUUACAGAGCCUCUUCAUAUUGUUGGUGGAUGUGGAGGCUGCUGAAUUUUCCUCACAAAACAAACAGACUGGCUGGCCUCAUAAACAUGAAUCAAUAUUGAUAGUGAAUAGUUAAUUAAAUGAAUUUAACAUGAAUCCAGCAGCAAGGAAUAGUCAAGAAAUUUAAAAAUAUAACAACUUUUUAUUUUCAUUUUCAGAAGUUGCAUAAAUGACCGUGGGUAACUGGACUUGAUUGUUCCUCAAAGAUGUUUAGUCAAAGAAGCUUCUUCAGGUCUGACUAAUGGGAGGUUUCAGGUAUUUAACCUGAGUGUGUAAUCCUCUUUCAAACCAUCGCUCUUCUCUGGACAAAGUGAAAACAUUACCUCAGAAGAGUGUCACUGUAUAAGUGAACUGCUUCGUCCUGGCCUGAGGAACUGGUUCUCCUGUGCCAUCUGUUUCUGUCGUGGUGGAUUCCUGGAUGUGAAGGUCUGAGCAAUCCCCAUUGCGUUGGAUUGUAUAACCCACGUUGUCCUGUUUGUGUCAGCGUGAACACUCUUUAGUGUGUUGCUAGACUUGAAAUGCACAGUUAAACCUGUACAGAGGUUGAAUACUUGAAACCUCCCAUUAGUCAGUUAAGCCUCUUGGAUGAGAAGUAUAACAUCUCUCCAGUUUCCUCAACUUGUAAAUCUUGUGGAGACGAUGAGCUUGAUGAUACAUUUUUAUUCAUCUAAUUGAGCUGAUACUUAUGUGAAGGUUUUUGACCUAACUAGGAAUUUCAAGAUGUCAAUUUUUGUAAAUUGUAGAGAUUUUUGACUUAUUGCCACCAUAGGCCGAAUAGUGAAAAUAAUGUUUAGGAAAAAUUGUUAAUUAAUGUUAACUACUGUCCCAAGUUGAUCCAUCUCAGCUGAAGUGACUCGAGGAAAAUUCAGUGUUAAAGACAAAGCGUCUUGUCAGAUGAUCAAUGUGAAGAGAACAGAACGAAGUUUUAAUCGAUCAGAAGCAAGUCACCUGUUUUCUACCUGUUCUGGUCGCGUCACAUCAAUUCGUCCGGUUUGAUUAAGUCUUUAUUCUGUCUGUCUCUCUAUACUGCCCCCCCACCCCCUUCCCGCCAGAGGCUGGAGUUGAUUCUGUCACGUUAGUCAACAUGUGAACCAGUGCAUGUACUUCAGCACCAAGGUCCUUCUAAACCUACCUGUGCAGAGAAAAGGUUCAAAUUUAUCCAUAAUAUUGUUAUAGAAAUAUUAUCAUUAUUGCCGUUAUAAUUAUUUGGUAUAAUUUGUCAUUGUUAGCAUUAUGGAAGCACCAGACUGUUUGUGGAAAGACGAGAAAAAGAAAGCAUUUAGUUUUUCUUUAUUAUUUUUUUGAUUUGUCCGGCUGUAGUUGGUCUGCUCUCACAGAGGGAGGGGAGGAAAGAUGUAGAAAGAGAAAGAUGGCAGUCAUGUUUGUACUGGUUGGGAAAUGACUUACAGUGCUGAAAUAAAAUUUAUUCUUUUAGUAAAAAAAAGUA